AUGAAGUGUCCGUACUGUUCAUCGGCACAAGGACGGUGUGCCACCACGAGCUCCGGUAGGUCGAUAACGGAGUGCUCGUCUUGCGGUCGCGUAGUGGAAGAACGGCAGACGCAGAACCACCACCUCUUUCAUCUCCGCGCACAAGACACUCCUCUCUGCCUAGUCACUCCCGAUCUUCAGACGGCGGCGCAACCGUCUACGGAGGACGAGGAGGAUCCGUUUGAGCCUACCGGAUUCAUCACCGCCUUCUCUACCUGGUCACUCGAGCCGAGCCCGAUCUUCGCUCGCUCCUCCCUCUCCUUCUCCGGUCACCUCGCUGAGCUGGAACGAACCCUAGAACUCGCUUCUUCCGCAUCGAAUUCGACGAAUUCGUCGACGGUUGUGGUGGACAAUCUUAGGGCUUAUAUGCAGAUCAUCGACGUGGCGUCGAUUUUAGGGCUGGAGUGCGAUAUCUCUGAGCAUGCUUUUCAGUUGUUUAGGGAUUGCUGCUCAGCGACUUGCUUGCGGAACAGAAGCGUUGAAGCCUUAGCUACUGCUUGCCUUGUUCAGGCUAUUAGGGAAGCCCAGGAGCCUAGAACUCUUCAGGAAAUCUCCAUUGCAGCCAAUGUACAGCAGAAGGAAAUUGGGAAGUACAUCAAGAUUUUAGGAGAAGCUCUACAACUAAGUCAACCAAUCAACAGCAACUCUAUAUCAGUUCAUAUGCCAAGAUUCUGUACCCUCCUUCAACUUAACAAAUCUGCUCAGGAACUGGCAACACAUAUCGGAGAAGUCGUGAUCAACAAAUGCUUCUGCACUCGUAGAAACCCGAUCAGCAUUUCCGCAGCGGCGAUCUAUCUGGCGUGUCAGCUUGAAGACAAACGAAAGACACAAGCAGAGAUUUGUAAGAUAACCGGACUCACCGAGGUAACACUACGCAAAGUCUACAAGGAGCUUCUAGAGAAUUGGGACGAUCUGCUCCCAUCUAACUACACACCAGCCGUCCCACCAGAGAAAGCAUUCCCCACGACCACAAUCUCCACGACCCGCUCAACAACUCCAAGAGCCGUGGAACCACCUGAGCCGAGUUUUGUGGACAGAGACAAGCCAUCGGUUAAACCAACCGAAACUUCUGAUCAUUCCUACCUACAGCAACCCAAGGGGAAAGAAGAUAAGCAGCCAAAAUUCAGACAGCCUUGGCUGUUUGGAACUGCCAGUGUAAUGAACCCAAAGGAGAUGAUGAGCGAGCCGGCAAAACUAAGUGCUCUGGACUAUGAUAAGCAGCAGGUCGGCGAUAAGGAGACAGUGCCUGUAUAUCUAAGACAACCUAACCAAGUCCCUUCGAAUCCAUCUCCGUCUUCAGGUAUCAGCACAAUCAAUUGGUCGUUCCGACCUUCUGGUGGCCACGGGUCUUCGACCAACUUGCCUGUUGUUCAUCCGCCGAAACUGCCUCCUGGUUAUGCUGAGAUUAGAGGUACUGGAUCUCAAACAGGAAACAAGAAUGCUAAUAAUCCUCAUGGAGACUUGUGCUAG